AUGACUAGGUUCACCCAAUUGGUGGUGGCUGCGGCGGCAACGCUUGCUGCUGGAACGGCUGCCACUGGCGAUGCUUCGGUUCUGACAGGCGAGAUUGGCCGCCAGAAUAACGAGAGCUUGUUCUGGGGCCCUUAUAAGCCUAAUUUGUAUUUUGGCGUCCGACCUAGAUUACCGGAGAGCCUGUGGACGGGCUUGAUGUGGGGGAGAAUAGAAGAGUACAACGAUGUCAAAGAUGGCCUGAGAUACACCUGCGAGCAGGGUGAAGAUAUUCGCGGCUACGGAUGGGACGAGUACGACGCACGAAGCGGUGGCGUUCAGACGAUUCACGACACAGGUAACAAGAUUGACAUUACGACGUCGUUUGUCAAGGUCCCAGGUGGAAGCAAGGGCGGCAGCUGGGCUGCUAGAAUCAAGGGCAAACUGCACGACGAUGCGCCGGCGAACCACAAGACGGUCGUGUACUACUACAUCGCACAAGAAGGGCAGGGUGAGCUCGUGGCCCAGGGUGAGGGGAGCGAACUUGGGUACAAGGGCGAUGUGACGUUUACCGGAAAAUCCGAGUCCUUGGGUGACUACAAGCUGGUAGUGACCGAAGGCAAUGGAAAGCACCCUACUGGCGAGCAUGAGAUUUCUGCCACUCGACCCGGCGACGUUACGCUCGUGCAUAGCUCACAAGUUUCAGAGGAGGCCAUUUGGCAGGCCAUGCCGUUGCUGUUCCAAAAGUUGCAGACUGCUGCCCUGGCGGUGCAGGAGGAGUAUGGCAUGGAGAAUGCGCCGCCGGCGUGGCAGGUCUAUCGCAUGCCGCACCAGCCUGGCAGUGGUAAUUCGCACAUCAUCCAGAGGACGUACGAAGGCUCGUUUGAGUUUGAUGUUAUUUUCUCAUCGGGGUCUGCCGGGAAGCAGUUGAGCAAGGAUGAUGUCACCAAAGCUAUAUCAAGUGUGUCAGGUGCGUUUGCUGAAAGGUUUUCGAGCAUUUUCGAGCUCAAGAAGCCCUUCAAAGCCGAAAAGUACCAGGAGUUUGGAAAGAGCAUGUUUUCCAACCUCUUGGGCGGAGUGGGAUACUUUUACGGAAAGCAAAUGAUUGAUCGGUCGUAUGCGCCUGAGUACGAAGAGGAGAAUGAAGGGUUUUGGGACGAAACGGCUGCGGCUAGAGAACGCAAAGCUCAGACGCUCGAGGGCCCGUAUGAGUUGUUUACGAGUGUGCCGUCGCGACCGUUCUUCCCUCGAGGUUUUCUGUGGGAUGAAGGUUUUCACCUUGUCCCCAUUGCGGACUGGGAUAUGGAUUUGACUCUAGAGGUCAUUAAGAGCUGGUACAAUACCAUGGAUGAGGAUGGCUGGAUCCCGCGAGAGCAGAUCCUUGGGCCAGAAGCCCGAACCAAAGUCCCUGAAGAGUUCCAAGUCCAGUACCCGCACUAUGCUAACCCGCCCACGCUGUUCCUCGUGAUUGAGGACUUCAUGGAGCGUCUUCGCAAGACCAACGGGACACAGCCUUCCGGCAAAGAGCAGCUGGCAAAGGGUAACCGAAACCCGCUGCACACGGCUCAUUUGGACAAUUGGGAGCUGGGCGAGGACUAUCUCCGAAAGAUUUACCCGCUUUUGAAACGCCAGUACGACUGGUUCCGCAAGACGCAACGCGGAGACAUCAAGGGCUACGACAGAGAUGCCUAUUCGUCAAAGGAAGGCUACAGGUGGCGAGGAAGAUCUGAGUCCCACGUCUUGACCAGCGGCCUUGACGAUUAUCCCCGCGCGCAGCCACCGCAUCCUGGCGAGCUGCACGUCGACCUCAUGUCGUGGGUUGGCUUGAUGACCAAGUCGUUGAAGAACAUCGCGGAAGCCUUGGGAAUGGAUGAAGAUGUGGCGGAGCUGAACAAGAACCUGGAUGCCAUUGAACACAACCUCAACGACCUGCACUGGUCAGAAAAGGACGGAUGCUACUGCGACGCGACGAUUGACGACUUUGAGGAGCACCAGCUUAUUUGCCACAAGGGCUAUGUAUCGCUCUUCCCGUUCUUGGUAGGGCUGCUCAAGGCAAACGACGCCAAGCUGGGCAAGACGCUGGACCUGAUUGCGGACGAGGAGCAGCUCUGGAGCCCGCACGGAAUCCGCAGUCUUAGCAAGCAGGAUGAGUUUUAUGGAACGGGCGAGAAUUACUGGCGCAGCCCGGUCUGGAUGCCUAUGAAUUACAUGGUUGUGAAGCAGCUGCAGAACGUUGCCAAGCAAGAGGGUCCGUACCGCAACAAGGCACGCGACAUGUACAACCGGCUCCGAAAGAAUCUCGUGGACACCGUCUACAAGAGCUGGAAGGAGACUGGAUUCGCAUGGGAGCAGUACAAUCCCGAGACGGGGGCGGGACAGAGGACGCAGCAUUUCACAGGGUGGACCAGUCUUGUGGUCAAGAUUAUGGCCAUGGACGAGUUGAGUGGACAGGAGCGAGAUGAGCUGUAG